AGAGAGGGAGAAAGGAGAGAGGAAAGGCAAGAGAGAGAGAGACACAGAGAGAGAGAGGGAGAGAGAGAGUGGGAGAGAGAGAGGGAGAGGGCAAAGGAGAGGAGAGGGAGAGAGAGGAGAGAGAAGGGGGGGAGAGAGAGACAGAGGAGAGAGAAGAGGGGAGAGAGAAGAGGGGAGAGAGAGAGAGACAGAGGAGAGAGAAGAGGGGAGAGAGAGGAGUGUUUGAGAGAGGGAGAGAGAGAGAGAGAAUGAGAGAUGGGCAGGGAUCUGUUCAAGGAGGACUUGAGCGCCAAGCCCCGCCCCUGUUUCCCAGGUAACCGGAUAAACAGACUCCAUCUUUUCUUCUGUGAACUCGGCUAGGUGUUAAGAGGCAGGCAGGAAGCAGUGGACAGGGAGUCCGAGUGAGGUUGUACUCUUUCCUGAGAGAGGGGUUCCGCAAGGGAUUGGAAGCGUCCUUGUAGCCAGGUAUAGCUUUCCCCUUAGAGAUGAGUGCUCUUGGAGAAAUGAGAAUGGGGAGAAAUCGGCCAUGAACAUGGAGAUUGGACACGCCCACGAAGGAAAGGAUGAUUUAGGAGACAAGAGGGUCAUCAUGGGAACAAAAUUUCCCGUGGAGCUGGGGAUCAGAGUAGGAUUAGGAAAAGAAGAUUCGCGAUGCGGGGAGAGCCCUGUGGUUAGUAAUAAGUGUGAGGGAAGGAUGGCAUCACCAGAAACAAAAUUUCCAUUGAGCAAGGGGCUUGAAAUGGGAUUAGAAAGACAGAAUAUUUCUAGGACUCUCAUGCAGAGGGGUAGUUUAGGAGUCGACAGUGUCUCAGCCUCACAGGGAACAAAACCUUCUCUGUUGCCAGGAAGAAUGGGGUUAGAAAAUGAGAGUCUUCUUGCAGGAUAUACCCAUGAACGGAUAAUACAGCCUCCUUUGGGCAGGGUGUGUGGAAGUCCACAGGCUGUAGGGAGCAGGAGAGCUCCUUUGGCUAGUGGCCCUGAAGGGGUAGAGGAAUUAGUGGGAAAGCCUGCUUUGGAUAUGGAACCAAGACAGGAAAUGGAAAAAGAGUCUACCUGUGUUGUAAUGAAACCCAGCACAGAGAUUAAGCCUCCUGUGGAGGAGGACAUUGGACUAACCCAAGCCGAGAGGCCACAUGAGACUAAGAAUACAGAGCCCCAAAUGGGCUUGGUGAUAGAACCUCUCCAAUGCCAGUUUGCCCAACAACCUGAACAGAGAAAGGAGGCUAGAAACAUUGAAUCAGGAGCGGAACCUCCAGAUCGCAUCAGACCCAUAUACUCUGGGAAGUUUUUUGAUCGGACACCUUGCUGGCCAAGUGCAGGAAAAGUUAUUCCAGUUGGUUACAGAGUUGCAACCUGCUUGACUGAAAAACUUCCCAGGCUAAUUACUCCACCUGAGGCAAAAAAGUAUUUCGACUUCAGAUAUCCACCUGCUGGAGUAGAAAGAGUAUUUUAUGGAAGAGCAAAUGAUCCCCAAAUUGCACCUUAUUUGACACAUGGAAUUAGAUCUAAAAUUUCAAUACCGGCAAACACAUUGAUAAACCCACAGCCUAUUACCACAUUUCAACAGAAAAUUAAAGAUAAAAAAGAAUCUAUAUAUCUUAGCAAUCGACGAGCACCAUUAGGAAAAUCUCACGAUCAAGCACCAGGAUUACCUAAAGGCAUGGACACAAUCAAUACGACAUUUGGGACAGCAGUCAUCAGAGAAUACUCUGCUAAAGAUGUGGUGAAUCCACCAAAAUCCUAUGAAGAAGUAUUUAAAGAAGGAAAUGAAGGACAUGAUUUGUAUGUUGUUUCUCACAAUGAUUAUUAUGCAGGAGAGGCAAAGAACCGAAAGUAUAACCCAUCAAGUUUCCAUAGGUUUAAUGUGUAUGGAGUACCAACACCACAUUUUAAUGAUGGACGAGCCAUGGCGAAAUCUCUGUAUUGGCUCCAUGAACUACAAAUGAAAAGAGGAGCUAAGUUUGUAUCCAAAAGAGCAGAUGAUUUCAAAGAAAAGUUUCAACAUAAACUUGGAAGAGUUUUAGAUCCCAUUGCAGAAACAAUGAAUGUUUCCCCAGACUACACAUUUGGAGCUUGUCUCCGUCCUGAGGAAUAUGGAGUUGGUGAUCUCAUCCAUAAUAGACUUCCGGGUGAAUAUCUUCGAGGCAAGGAUAGACAGCGAGCCCUGAUUGCAGCAGUUCGGCAUCACCUGAAGAAAGUUAAUUACCAAAAGUUUGACACUUUGCUGGCAGCCUUCAGGCACUAUGACAAGAAGGGAGAUGGGAUGAUAGAUAAAGCCGAGCUGCAGGAAGCUUGUGACCAGGCCAACUUGGAUUUAGAUGACAAGCUCCUGGACCAGCUAUUUGACUACUGUGAUGUGGAUAAUGACGGCCUCAUUAACUAUCUGGAAUUCGCAAAUUUUCUUAACUGGAAAGACAAAAUGCUUCUUAAAGAGUAUGAAGAGAGGGUCAUUAUUAAAGGUAGAAAACCAGAUUGUGUAAACCCUACUGAGGCUAAUGUUGAAGAACCUGAACCAACUCUCCUCAUAAAGCCAGAAGAUAUUGUCUUAAAAGAACCAGGGAGCACAGAAAAGACUCUCCGGACACUUCUGAGACCAAGUGAUAAAGUUUCCAACUACUAUAAGACAACUUCUUCUGAGAUCAAUGCAAUUGUAGGAGCCAUUCCUUCUACUUGUUACCCCAUUUGUGGUGUUCCAACCAUUCGAUCUGACAUUCGUGCUCCCCGAAUUCGUCGCAUCAGUGACAGAACUAAUUAUGGUGAAGAAGGUAGUGCAUAUUCACUACUAUAUCCUACCAUCUUCGCCCAGAAAGGAGUGUUUGAAAGAGACUUCUUCAAGACCAGAUCAAAAGAAGAGAUUGCAGAGAUAUUGUGUAACAUUGGUGUCAAACUUUCUGAUGAAGAAUUUGAAAAUGUAUGGAAUCUUGCAUCAAAAAAGCAUCACAGAGGAGAAGUUUGUGUUGAGAAUAUCAGAAAUGUUCUAGAUGAGCUACGGCAUGCAGACCGGAUCAAGUGUAAAACACCCAUGUGAUAUUUUUGGACUUCAUUCAUUCAAGCAAAAGAAUUAUUAACUCUAUGUUUAUCUAAAAUGUUCAAUCCAUUCUGGUUUUAGAUAUUAUGUUAGAGUUCACAGUGUAAGACUCAUAUGCCUGUAUGUGUUGCUAAUAAAUUAGAUUUUGGAUUUUAAAA